AUGUUUCAUCCUGCUGCACAACAGGACCCGAACAACCCUCUGGGCCUGCCAAUUUACGAAUGCUGGUUCUGCCCGACAAACUGGAUCGGGUUUUCAGCCCUCCUCUACCACCUGGAAGAUGGGUGUUGUGUCAAGCAAGAUCGCAUCCGCACUCUCGCAUUCGAGACUCCCGAGUAUGGCUUCUAUGGCAACAAACUUACAGACGACAACCCUUUUUUCUGCUUCCGCUGCCAUGCUCAGUUCCCCCAGGUGUCUCACCUCUACCGCCAUGUUGAACACACCCCUUCUUGCUCAUACUUGCUCAACCCUUCUGAGUGCCUAGGUGCUCUCCGCGACUUCUACGUUGAGUACUACGAGUGCCCUGGCUCGGACUACGUUCACGUCUGA